UGCCUCCGCUGUAGACCCCAGUGCUGCCGCCAUUUUGUUCGCGUCGGGCCGGGGGCUGCGGGUGGGAUGUCGGCCUUCUCGGAGGCGGCGCUGGAGCGGAAGCUGUCGGAGCUGAGCAACUCACAGCAGAGCGUGCAGACGCUGAGCCUCUGGCUCAUCCACCACCGCAAGCACUCGGCGCUCAUCGUCAGCGUCUGGGAGCGCGAGCUGCGCAAAGCAAAGUCAAACAGGAAGCUUACUUUCCUAUACCUGGCCAAUGAUGUAAUUCAGAACAGCAAAAGGAAAGGACCAGAAUUUACAAAAGACUUUGCACCGGUUAUAGUGGAGGCUUUUAAGCAUGUUUCCAGUGAGUCUGAUGAGAGUUGUAAGAAGCACCUUGGCCGAGUACUCUCUAUCUGGGAAGAAAGGUCUGUUUAUGAAAAUGAUGUAUUAGAACAACUUAGGCAAGCAUUGUAUGGUGACAAGAAGGGUAAGAAGCGCACAUAUGAGCAGAUACAAGUUGAAGACAAUAACUGUUCAGCCCAAAGUUCACCAACUGACCCUCCACAGACUACAGAUCUCAUUAGAGCAUUGCAAGAACUAGAGAAUGCUGCCUCAGGAGAUGCAGCUGUUCAUCAGCGGAUAGCUUCAUUGCCUAUAGAAGUCCAAGAUGUGUCCUUGCUAGAUAGAAUAACGGAUAAGGAAUCUGGAGAACAACUUUCCAAAAUGGUAGAUGAUGCAUGUAUGUUGCUGGCGGAUUACAAUGGCAGGUUGGCGGCUGAAAUAGAUGAUAGAAAACAGCUAACUCGAAUGUUGUCAGACUUUCUCCGAUGUCAAAAAGAAUUCCUUGCAGAGAAAGAGCAUAAGUUGGAAUUACCCAGGACCAAUGGAAACUCUGAAGGCUCCUGCUUAGUGUGCUGCACAUUCUCUUAGGCUCACUCCUAAACACUAACGGAAGCAUUUAAAGGUAGGCAAGCAUGAAAGCAAUUGCUCUGUAAAACUACAAUGCUUCUCUACUGACUGGAAACGUCUUAGAAAACUUUGUUCCUGAUCAGUCUGUCUCUUAUGCAUGGGCAGGCAAGGAAAAAGCUGGCAAAUAUGCUUGUCAGAUCUCUUUGAAGGUGUUAAGAAAGCACAAAUUAACUGUCAUUGAUUAAAUGUUUUUUUCAGACAUUAAUUAGCGGCCAAAAUGUAAUUGAGCACAGAUCUUGCAUCCCCAUUCACCCAGUGAGCCAUAGCAAUCUCCUUAAGUUCUCAAAAAUUCUUUACCCUGGGAUCCAGAACAACUUUGUACUUCAGUUGUGUAUAACUCUGUAGGAUGAAAUGUCAAGUUUGAAGCCUUGGUUAUCCAAACUAACUCAUUCUAUUUGAUGUUUAGGUAAUUAGUGUACCUUAUUUUCCAAGCUGUAGUAGUUGAAAGUUUUAAAAAGGAAGAAAAAGAAAACGGAGGUUAAUGUAGAGUAGGGGCUAGUCUGGGAUUACUCAAAUCUUUUAGUUCAGGUCUGGAUUAUCUGUCUCCAGUUACACAAUUGGGAAGCACAAAGAAUGACAACAAAAAUUGUAGGAUGUAGUAUUUAUAUUAUAGCUAUAUUAAAAAAUUCUUACCUGCAUUUAAAGCUAGAAAAAAUAAUUUCUUACCUGGACUGGAACCAGGAGGUAAAUGUUAACAAGUACCUAUCUCUUGAAUAAAUUUAGAAAUUCCUGAUAAAAACCAAGCCAUCGUUGAUGAAGUAAUUGAGGAAGAGAGGACAAUCUGAAUAUCUCUGGUGGGUGGAAGGUAUCCAUUAUAUGGUGACAGAAAAAGGGAGUUCAGGAUUGCAUCUAUAAUUUUAAAUCAACUUUCUCACAAGACAAAUUCAUGUUAUUCUUAAAUUAUCAUGACCGAAAUCCAAUACUCGGUAGCAAGUUGCUUUUGUUUGUUCAUUAAAAUAUGCUCAUAAUCUUGUCAUAAUAGGUUCUUUGAGUUCAACAAUGUGUUCUGUAUUCUGCUGUUGAGUCCAGUAUAUCAGAGCAUAGCCUUAUUUUUUAUAAUGUAUCAGGAUACUUUUAAUGUCAUAGUGUAGCAGCUUCACUUGCAAGCUUAAUUUUGAGAAAUCAUACUUAUUUAAUAUGCAGCUUACUCUGAAAAAUGUAAAAAUAGCAGUUUCUUUCUUCUACCUGUCAUUGAUUAACUUUGCAAAGACAAGGUUUUACUUAUUCCUUUAAGUUGUGCAGUGGUUGUGCAGAAGGGGAGGAGGUGGAUUUUAUUCCUUCAUGUGCACCAUUUGCAAAAUUAAUUUCAGCAUUUCAAUUAGAGACCUAAAAAGUUACAUCCUCAUGAGCAUACUGAAGUUGCACAGGUGUCAGCGAGGAUCUAACUGGUGAUUUGUGGGUGAGAAGGAAAGCCCCCUCCCCCCCUUUGACUUUUGCAGAUUUUGAAUUCAGCUUGCUGGGCAUCCAGUUGAAGAUUUAUCUUUUUGCCUUGUCAAUAGGAACAUUGUAAAUUUGUUGAUGUUUUUACAGUCACUUUUUUGGUGAAAAUUAUACUGUAAACUUGAGGCAGAUUUUCUGUUUUAUAUAAGUCAUGAUAGGGUUACUUAAUUCAGUGUCAGGUUCUUUAUUGUAGGUUUCUUUCCUCUCUCAUGGAUAAAAUGUUACUUUCUCUGUGGUGGAGUUGCACAGAUGAAUGAAAGGAAUGUCCAAGGCACUUAUCUGAUAUCAGAACCCUGGCACAGGGCAUGUUACCUUGGGACAGGUGGAGAGAGAGAGACAUUGCUGAGCGCACUUUAAUUUUUUCCUUUGAAAGAAGCUACCUCUUCGCUUCUCUGUACCUCUACUACCCCAGUAUAAUGUGAUCUGUGUGCUGUAGAUUGUAGGGUAUGUGCUGUUGACUGUGAGGGUUGCCGUACCUUGCAGCUGAAUAUUGUAUACUUGCUGGUAGGGAAGCCAAGCCUCCCUUCAGAACAUCAAGCAAAUUUGCUGGCCUGCUGUUUUUGGCAGAGAUGGAUGUAGAAGAUUGAUGCAUCCUUGGCCUAGGACAGAACCAGUUUGAUUUUUUCCCACUUGUCUAAUUUGACCAGAUGAAGAGCCUAAAUAUAGGGUGAACAAUUAACUCGGAUCCCAUUCAGUUUUUGUUGUUUUUUUUCCCAGGUGAAAAAUCCAAGUAGUAUUCUAAUGGAAUUUGACAACUAUCAUCAACUUAUAUGUAUGGCCUCAGAAGCUAUGGGGUGGGGAAGGUGGAGAUAAGGAUAAUGACUUUCAGUUAGUAGUUGCAUGGGUUGAAUAUGAAAUAAGUACUUGCAUAAGAGGAUAAAGAAUCUGUAGUUCCCAUCACUGUGGUAUCUUAAGAGCUUUGCAAUCUUCUUGAUGUAGUUAUUCUCCCAGAACCUUCAUAACAGUGCUAUGUCCACCCAAUAUAAAAUGAGGCUUAGGAACUGAGAGGUUUCCUUCACAACGGAGUUUGCUCAAGUGAGAACAAACAUGCUGUAAUGCCCUAACCCCAGGUAUGCCAUCAUUGGUAAUGCUAGAAUUUCUGGGGGUUUUACCUAUUGCUCUUUGUGCUGCAGUAAGCCAAGAUGUUUUUAUACAUCUUAGUGAACUGUGGGAAAACUUGUCUGCCUUUCUGAGCGCGCACAGGGUGAGUUUUGAGAAGGUACUGUAAGAUUGUCAGCACAUAAGUGAUCUUAGUUUCCAUCUUCAUAGUGAAAGCAUGUACAUUAUCAGCCUACUGAAAGUGGAACCCUGGCUGUAACCCAGUAUUCCAGCCAAACUAGCAAGUCUGAAUUUAAAACACUAACAGAUUUAAAGUGGAUUGUAUUUUAUUUGUGGAUUGGGGUGUGGAGCAGAAGGGCGUAGAAGCAAAAUACAAGUGAAAACCCAGAAUAACUGCAGUGAAAACAAACUUGAACGACUCGCACAAGGCUAUGGAAAUAAGCACAUGCACAGCUGGGAAUUGACAGUUAUUAAUCUAUUACUCUACCUGCUGUUGCCUUUUAUUUUUAUUUUUUAGUAGCCUCUGAGUCUAACAGUAUUAUAUUGGGAUAUGUAACUAAGACUGAGAAGAAAAAAAACCUUGGACUUCAUCACAUUUGAACGACUUUUCAGAGUGAUCACAUAAUUAUUUUAUGAAUCUAUCCUAUCUGCUUGUCAGGAACCUUUUCUUUUCAAUACUUUAUUUCACACAGAACUUUUAUUGUUGUUGUUUACAUUUUUCCUUCUAGUUCAAAGUAAUUUAUUUUUUAACACUGAAAAAGAAUACAUUGAAAACUUUCCUUAUCAUUGGUCUGUUUUUUGGCUUUGAAACAAUACACUUUUUCUACAUAUAAAUGUGAACAUCAUAAAAAAAAAAACAUAUUUUUAACAGCAUCUAAGGUGCUGCAUUAAUGGCCUGGUCUUCAAAGGUCAGCUUAUCUCAAGUAUGAGUGUAACUUCAAAUUUACCUCCAAACAAACUGUAAAGUUCAGCCACAGGGAAGUCUAUUAAAUUGGGAAGUUUAUUGUAAAGGCCUUUAAACGAAGCAAAUGUGGCAAGUCAUCUAUUGCUGAUGGAGGAGGAUAUAAUUGUUGCUGGAUAUUUUCAUCGGAGGUUACCUCAUUUUACAUUACUGGUGAAUCUGAUGUAUUUGAAUUUGUAUGUGUAUCUGUUGUACCCUUCAAAGACCUUGUUUCUGGCCUGCCAAAACUUAAAUCAGCAGCAUUAGACAGGUGAAUCUAAACGUUCUAAUGAUGACUAGAUAGCCUUUGUAAAACGAACACUGGCCUGUGAAAUGCAACUUGUUUAAUGUAGUGGCAGUAAAAAUGGGGUGGCCAUUAGCAGGCUGUUGUUGUGUAGCCCAGGUGUGCUUUGUGGGGAAGUGAUUUAUAGUAAAGAGAUAUGGGGGGGGAAAAUUGUGUGAAAAAGUUAUAAAUUUUAUCUUUUUAGUUUGGCCAUAUUUACUGAAUUCUUCCUCCAACCCUUCUCACUUCUUAAGUUUCCCUGCACUUAUUAGAAUUCUGUCUCUUAUAUCUGCAGUUGCAGUUCUAGAUAUACUUUAUGACUCGACUCAACAGCCACUUAUUCUUUUUUCUUGUCAAAAAGAAAUUCAGUCUACUGAACAACUCUGUUUAAUGUUUCCAAUGAAAAAUGAGUUAAAAGUCACUGGCUAUGCUCAAACUACCGGUGAAAAGUUGAUGUGGCUGAGAAGGAGAGAAAAGUUUGAACCUAACAUUUGUCGUCUCCUCCUCCCCCCCCCCCCAGCUUUUUUUUUUCCUGAAUUCUGUAGGUGCCUCUCAUCACUCCUACCAGCUACAUCUCUCAUAUCCUUGUCUGUUAACACACAGGAUUGUGCACUUUUUUUUUUUUUUUAAGGGAAGGAAGAUCCAUUUUUCAAGGUGAGAGUUCAGGGGCAAGAUUUGUAUGUUUUAGCGGCCAGUGAAUUGGUGCAAUGAUUCCCAAGAAAUGCACAAAGGACAUACGUGCCAAUACAUGAAGCUAAGCUUUCAUAGUGCAUGCAUGAGAGAGAAGUAGCAGGUUCAAGCGUUAGUUCUUUGCCCCUCAACCUUCUCUUUCAAGCUCCCAUUACUUCAGUCGUGCUAAGGUAACUUCUUCAGAGUAGUUCUGCAUGUGGUGCUCUGUAGCCAAGGGAAAGACAUAUUUUCUCCAACCCUUACACAUCCAGCUAAUCAGAAAAUAUCUGCCUUUCUCUAAUUCAGCUCUGAAAAGCUGAAGAAAUGAAUUAUUCCAGAAUCCCUAAAAGAAUUGGUUUUUGCUCAUGGAUGGGGAAAGAGGGUAGUUAUGAAAAAAGUGUGCCCCCAAAACCUGCUUGCUAUACACAUACAAAACAGCUUGUUAUUUAAAUCAGUGGUGCCCAGCCUUUUUGCUCUGGGGGCUGCAUGGCCCCUAUCAGGCACAUGGAGCAGGGGCCCAAUUUGGCUGCAUGAGGGUUGUGGUCUGGUCCCGAUCCAGCUAUCCAGGGCUUGAGAAUUUGACAAUGAGGGAUGGGUGCAGUAUUGUCACUGUCCCCUGCUACCAGAUUUUCUUACGAACACAGGCUGGAUGCCAUGUGUUAAAUCAUUCAUGGCUUAAUUUUUGAGAGAUUUCAUAGACAUGAGGGCUGGAAGGGACCUCGAGAGAUCAUUGAGUCCAGCCCCCUGCCCCAGGGGCAGGAAGUCAUGCUGAACACCUGAAACUACCAUAGCAAUAAAUAGGAGCUGUGAGUGCUUUAUCACCUUUGAAAAUCAGGCUGUAUUUAAUCAGGCUGCCCCAGCAUCCCUAUAUGUAAAAUGGAGAUAAUACUAAGUUUUCCUGUAUAAAGUCAUGUUCUAUUUAGUUAACAUUUGUGAUAUAAAGUGAUAAAAUUAAUCCGAAUGCCUGUACAAUACUCUAGUGGUUCCUAGGCAUGUAGGUAAUUUUAGAAUUGUCUCUUGAAUGCUUUUUCAAGCUCUUGAUAGUUGAGGACAACAUAAGUUUAAACUGGCUCCAUGUUUUUUGUUGAACUAAAAGCACAACAUUUUCACAUGCACCUUUUUAAAAUAUAUGACUUGAUUAAAUUUAAUUUUCUUCCUGGGAUUCAGUUGCUGUGAUCAUGUAUUAUGGUGUAUUCAAAAUAGAUAGGAAUUGUUUAUGAUUUGGGGUAAGAGGAGAACAGGGGUGACUGGUGCCUCCUGAGUCGGGGUGGGGGGGGCACAAUCUGGGGGCAGGCCAAAAGCCCCACAUCCACUCCAAUACUUCUGUAUAGUAUUGGCUGAGGCUUAGUUCUCUCCCCCCACAACACACCGCCAGUCUGCAUGGCAAAAAACUGCCCUGUCUUGAGCAGUGCUGAGUCGGGGACCAAUCUCAGGGGGUGCAUGUCUACCAGUCACCUGUGGAGGAGGAGGAGCAAAAAUUUGUCUUAAAAGGUCUGCUCAAAAAUAUCAGCAGGCUUUUCAAAACAGGCCUUUCAAAGCUGAUUCCAGCUCUGUAUAACUACUUGUGUAAAUAAGUUGAACUGAAUUGUGCACCUAGUAGACUACCAGGCUCUCCUUUAUGAAGAUAAGUGUAAUCAGGUAAAUAGAUUUUAAUUUAAUACAUAACCAGUAUCUAUUUUAUAACAUUUCAUCUCUUCCUCAUGACAACAGCAUAUGCAUAGAUGUGUUCUGACGUGCUGUGCUCUCAGUGCUACUACAGCUGGACUACUAUGCAUACACAAGCUAACUAGUUUAAACCAGCUAGGGUAUCUCUACACUAUUGCACUCAUUUCUGUAACUGCAGUGUAGUCAAAUCUUAGAAGAAAAAAAAAUCUCAAUAGUUUCUUCAUGAGCUUGUCUUUGAAUUCCUCUGACCCAAAGUAGUACUUCUUUUGAACUUUUCCCUCAAAACAGCUAAGUACAGUCUGAGGUCUGCAUAAUUUUCUUGCUUUCAGAUGUAUAGUUCUCUCUAUUAAAUACGCAAUUUUCAGACCCUGGGGCCAGAUUUUACACUAGAGCAUGCAGCACAACAUCUGUUAAAGUCCAAGCGAGUUUUAUGUACAUAGAUCUGAGAGAAGAAAUCAGUGCAUCAUGAGAAUCUGCAGGCAAGGGCUGUAUGAAAUGAAAUGUAGGUCUCUGACAAGUGCAAUUUUUAGAAUUUAGCCAGUGGGUACAGUAAACUUUAAUCCAGGGAUUUCACACAGCUGUUCUUAAGUGAACUUGCUGCAACUCUGAUUUUUUUGGUUGUUUUUUUUUUUUUAUAAUGUGGAUAAACAGAAAAAUCUUUAAUACAGAAUCUGUCUUUAAGGUGAGCCCUCUUAAUUUCAGAGAUCUUUAAAAAAUAGAUCUUACAUUAAUAGAUAAAACUUUCUGAAGCAAUUUCAAGGCUUAAGAUCAAUUUCUUGGCAGUGUUCUCAAUUUGAAAACUUGGUAAACUUGUACUUGUGUUAUAUUGUACAUGAGCCAUCUUAAUCAACUUUAAUACUGUUCCAGCAGAAUUACUAAGAACUUCUGCCAUCCCUGAUUUCCUUGUUAAUGGUGCUUCAGAACUUUCUGAUUUUUUGGUAAGAGAUCUAGACCAGGUUAUUUAAGAAAAUUUUAAAAUACCUUAUAGGAGUCUGUCAUUUUGGGUUUCAAGCUAAAUGACUAAAUUCAUAACCAGCAACAAAUUGUUCAAGAUUCAGAUAAUAAAACUAGAAAAAGGCACAAUCCAACCUGAAGCAGAUAACAAAAUAAAUGCCUAAUUGGGAUCAUAAUUCACAUGACUUCACCUCUGUGUUCCUGUCCUACUACUUGGAUGUUUUUCAUUUCCUCUUAAGUUAUUUGUAUAAUUACAGUUAAUGCUUGAAUAGUUCAAAACUUUGGCAGCUAAUCAAAUUCCUUUGGCAUAAAAUUCCAUUUUCUAAAUUAACACGGCAUUAUGGAGCUGGUUUAGCUGUGGAAAAUGCAUAAUUAUUGGUAGGUCUACUAACAUGGCCUUCAAUUAAGGCUGUCCAGUAUUUCCCAUUAUAAGACACUGUUUUUAGCUGCAUACAAUCUUGCCAAGUUUGGGUUUUUUCUUUCUAUGCUACAGGUCUACCUCAAGCUCAAUUUGUGGAAACUUUCUAAAAAAAAAAUACAAUUUACCUACUCAUGCGAUUGAGUAUAAGAGAAAAUAUUGUUUCAGUCAUUAAAAAAAUUCCAGUGACUCUUCAUUUUCUGAGAAGCUCUUGGUGCUAAAUACCUUGGAGCAGGAAUUUGAAAAACUGGGAAAAUGGGAGGGUCUUUAUCAGAUGCGCUGUGUACUCAGUGUUGGUGUCAGUUCCAUGUAUCCAAGUGAACACCUGCCAAAAUUUAUUUGUGAGGAUUUCAUGCAGCUGUGCAGUCACAAGCUUUUGUAAAAUGUCAUGUUCGUACAUACUUGGUGGAGACUUUGUAGCCCUCAGCAGCAUAAAUCCUUAAAGAUUCCAUCUAAACCAAGCAUGCUAUAGUGUGGAACUGAGCAGAGCUUUCCCUGAAGUUGCAGGUGUAGGCUUGUGCCGAGCAUGGACUCAUGCAUUGACCCGAGAGCAGGAUGCCUGUCUUUCCUGUGGUUUUAGAAAAUAGUCUCUUGAAUAAGAAGUUUGUAGGGGCAGAGCUAAAGAGCACAGGGCAAAAGGGGGUCACAUUUUCAGGGAACAGGCCAAAGUGCCAAUUAAAGCAAACUCCUAUGGACCUUGGAACAGCAGCAAAGAUUUCUGAUUUCCACCACUAUUCCAAUGUAAGCAAAUGCCUGUGUCAAAUCCCUGGCAAGUUAGAUUGCUGAUCCACACUGAGGAUAACAAACUGUUUUUGUUAGUUACUCCAUUAACUCAAUGGCAGAGGUCUUCUCGGUGGACCUAAAGCAGUGGUUCUCAACCUUUUAAGUCUCAGGACACCCCUUGAUAUAUUCAAGGCAACCAUUGGAAAAUGGCAGCUCUGAUUUUUGACUACACAAAAAUAAUAGAGCAAUUUUUCUGUUGCAAACUCAUAAAGACCAUAGCAGGUCAAAAGAUUUUUAACAGUAUAUAUUCCUAUUUAAAAUCUCUAGCCGUGUCCAGAUGAGCGCAGCCAUGCGGUAUGUGGUGCUGCAUACGUAUCUGUGGCACUACAUACUGCAUGUUCAGCUGUUCUCCAUGCUGCAAAAGAGCACUGCAGGGGGGGCGGGGUGGGAUUUGAUGCUGUGAGAUCCCAGAGGGGAAAAAAAAGCAGACUGGCGUACGUUGGGCAGCAUGCGCCACCCCAAACCGGAGCCUGACUGGCUGGAGCCACGCUCCAACUGUCAGCCAGGCUCUGAGUGGCAGGAUUCCCAAUGCUGAUGCCCUGGGAGUGCCCCAGGUGAGGCUGCUGGGGCCAGCUGUCCCCAGCCUCCCCUACCCUACCUGGGGUAACCUGCCAUGUACCAGGGAGCACAUGACACAGGUGUUCCCUGGGUACAAUCAGCAGCAGCACAAGGUCUGCCUCUGCUAGUUGUCCUGAGGGAACCAAAUGUCCAUGCUCUUUUGGACUCGGCCUCUGGGUUUAUCUUGUGAAUCAGGCUUGCACACCUAACAGUACAAACAUUGUAUGCCACCAUGCAGCACCCCUGAAAUGUUCUCAGUGCCCCCUAAUGUUCAUGUUCCUAAAGAUUCCAAACCUGUUGAUUAUUCAUAAAUGCCAAUGUUAUGACCCAGGAUUAAAUUUCUAUUUAUUUCCAGAUGACUUUUAGAAAAAAGUGUAUACGUCUACACACUUCUGUGUCUAUACACACACAGCUGUCAAAGAUAUCUUAUUAAGACUGCACUGUUAAAUUCUGAGAAAUAGAGCUGUGUAAAGAAUUUUUUAGGGGGUUUUUUGGUUGUGGAGUUUGCAACUGACCAAGAACAAUUAUGCUAAAUCCAAUUUUGGACCAAUGCAACGUUUUUCCCCACCAAAACAAAAAAGAAUAAUGUUUUUGGUUUGUAAGAAGUUUUUAAACUGAUUUCAAUUUAAUAAAUAGAUGUAUUGACCUGUAUAAUAAAAACCCUUUAUUUUGAA